AUGCAUGAAAUUGUUACUCUCCAGAUGGGCCAGAGGGCCAACUAUCUGGCGACUCAUUUUUGGAACUUGCAGGAAUCAUACUUCACUUACGAUGGAACAGAACAGUCUCCUGUGGAUCACGAUGUUCAUUUCCGUGCGGGUGUAGGAGCAGAUGGCUCUGAGACUUAUACACCACGAACAUUGAUCUAUGAUCUGAAAGGCGGAUUUGGAACUUUGCGCAGAUAUAAUGCACUCUAUGAACUUAGUGAAGACUCUACAGCCGGCCAGGGCUUAUGGGAUGGCAAAGAAAUUGUUCAAACACAGGCCCCAAUUACGCAAAGUGAAUAUCAGAAGAGCUUGGACCUGGGCACUCCAGCUCCUCGUCUGACCUCCGGGUCUGUCCGCUACUGGUCAGACUACAAUCGAGUUUUCUACCAUCCCAAGUCCAUUGUGCAGCUGAACGAGUAUGAGCUCAACUCGCAGACCAUGCCCUUCGAGGACUGGAAUGUUGGAGAAGAGCUUUUCCAUAACCUGGACAAGGAACAUGACCUGUUAGACCGUGAUCUGAGGCCACUCAUUGAAGAAUGCGACCACUUACGAGCACUGCAACUGUUCUCUGGGUCAGAUGACGCCUGGGGCGGAUUCACAGCCCAGUAUAUGGAGAGGCUGAGAGAUGAAUUUGGAAAGAAGAGUAUUUGGGUCUGGGCUAUUGAAGAUGGCGCCAGGACACAACGGCAUCACCAGUUCAAGAAAGAUACGAACAAAGCGAGGUCACUCUAUUCGAUCUCACCGCAGGCAUCGCUCUACGUUCCAAUCAUUGACCUCCCACAUAAGCUUCCUGGCUACUUGGAAGUUGAUCGCCAAUCCGAAUGGCAGAAGACCGCCUUGAUAGCCUCUGCUAUUGAAACAGUCACCCUGCCUUCUCGAUUGAAGCCGUAUCAACAUUUCGAGGCCUCUCUGGCUGGGGAGGAUGGUACACACACCAUCUUUGAGUUACAGUCUUCUAUCAACAAAGUCAAUGACGGCCAUACUAAGGAACCCUCCAAUGAAGAGGAUGCAGCUGAACCUGAAAUUGAAUUUGACAUUGACUUCACCUAUGACGGCGAAUACAAGGGCGCCCAUAUCUUCAACCAAGUCCAAGUCUCCCGUGGAGACGAAGCGGAAAGUGCCUCCGAGUCCGCGGACCCGAGGGACAUUGGACACCUUCGCAGACUCAGACUUCACAACUCUAAGGCUAUGCUCCAGAGUUUCCACACGUCACUUGGCAUGCCUAUUCUUGACAGCUUCCCGCACACCAUGUUCCCCACUUCCAACACAGGCAGUCUGAAUGUGUUUACCGCAUUGACCGCGUCAACACGGACGGCCCAAAAAAUCAAGGCUAUUUCGGCAACUGCCGCACGCUUGGUCUCAGUUGAUGAGCGUGAGGCGAUCGUCAACGGACUAGGUGAGAUUCGAGAAUUCUACGAAACUGGGUGGAGUAGUGGCUCGGACGAUGAGGAUGAAUAA